UGUAAAUUUGAUAAUUAAAUCUAAUAUUUGAUAAUAAGCUGUAUUUGCUUUUAAGCGAUGAAAGAUUGGAUGUUUAAGUGAUAAACCAGAAGUUCAUAAGACAUCACACUAUUUGGUCCAUUCAUUCAUUUCACACAAAUGUCAGUGAAAAUGAAUUGCAAAGAAAGUGCAACAAAGCGAUGCAGAACUCGAUUCAACUUAUGGCAGAUCCGAAAACUUGAGAAAGUCUUUCAUGAGACCCAUUACCCGGACACUCAGCAAAUGGAAGUGUUGGCCAGUGAGACAAGUAUUUCAAUGUCCAAAAUGCAGAUAUGGUUUCAGAACCGAAGAGCCAAAUGGCGUAAGAAUUCUCGUCUCAAGAAUUUCGGUGGACUCGCAUCGGUCAGGGAGACGGCAUACGUACCGGCCCCUCAUAUGGCAGACACAUUGGGAUUCGCAACACAGAUCCCUGUGCGCCUCCUGUUCCUCAUAUGCAUUUGGCAGGCAUUGGGUAGUGUAUGGACUGGUAUGUAUGGUAGGAAUGGUAGUGUAAGUGGAAUCUAA